AUGGCAUCCCUUCGCGCAUCAGGCACUGAUGAGGAAUAUGAAGAGAGGGAGCAACUACUUCAGGACAUCCACGACAUGGUUGAUGCUGCGAACCCUCGAAAACAAUCUUCCAAGGAUGAAAAAGCCAAGAACUUGGAGCGGCGUGAAUCGAAUGGUGAACAGAUACGUGAUGCUGCUAUGACCACAAUGAAAAAGCGUACGAGUGACUUUGUGGACGAAGACGACUUUGGACUUUUGAACCCAAACAAGAAGCAAGCCCGCGUUGGUUCUAAUCGCAUGACAGAGACAGCGUCUGUUGUAUCGACAUUGGUGGAUAUGUUGGCCAAAGCGAAUGAGGUCAAGGCUGAUGAAGCUCAAGCACAGCACAAGAGCAAUGAGCUGGCCCAGCAGAAGCUCGAGUUGGAGGAGAAACGAUACCGCAUCGUUGGAGACGGGAUCACCGUCAAUGCCACCCGAAAGCGAUUUGACGACCUGAUGACGGCGUUUCAUGAAAUCACAAUGGCCGCGCUACGCGCUUCGGGGACAGAGGAAGAGUACGAGGAACGCGAGCAACUUCUGCAGGAUAUCCACGACCUGAACGAGCGACGGGAGACGAAUGGCGAAAUGAUUCGUGAUGCGGCAAUGUCGACAAUGAAGCGCAAGAUGAUUGAGGCAGACGAAGUGGACUGGAGCGAGGAAGCGACGCGCAACAAGAAGCAGAGCCGCAGCAGCUCACAGCGGCUUACCGAAGCUGGUGUUGUGGUUGCUUCUCUGGUGGAGAUGAUGUCCAAAGCCAACGAAAAGAAGUUGGAACUGGAGGAAAGGCGAUACGAACUCGACAAGGCGGAGCGUGAGGCGCGUUUUGCGCUAGAUCGACGAGGAAGGGAGGCUCAGUUAGAGUUUUUCCAAGGAACUCUAGAAGUGUUAAAAUCGUUGGCGGCGAAGCAGUAA